GCUAUGCUGCCCGGAAGGAGUCCCAUGCCACCCUGGUGUUCCACAAUCUCCUGGGUGAAAUUGACCAGCAGUAUAGUCGCUUCCUACAAGAAUCCAACGUCCUCUAUCAGCACAACCUACGGCGGAUCAAGCAGUUCUUACAGAGCAGGUACCUGGAGAAACCAAUGGAGAUUGCACACAUUGUUGCCCGCUGCCUCUGGGAAGAGGGACGGCUCCUGGAGACGGCAACGGCAGCAGCACAGCAAGGACAGGCAAACCAUCCUACAACUGCCGUGGUGACAGAGAAGCAGCAGAUGCUGGAGCAGCACUUGCAAGAUGUGAGGAAGAGGGUGCAGGACUUGGAGCAGAAGAUGAAAGUUGUGGAAAACCUCCAAGAUGACUUUGACUUCAACUACAAGACUCUGAAGAGCCAAGGUGACAUGCAAGAUCUGAAUGGGAACAACCAGUCGGUGACGCGGCAGAAGAUGCAGCAGCUGGAACAGAUGCUGACAGCGCUGGAUCAGAUGCGUAGGGGAAUUGUCAGUGAGCUGGCCGGGCUCCUGUCAGCCAUGGAAUAUGUGCAGAAGACCUUAGUGGACGAGGAGCUGGCUGACUGGAAGAGGCGGCAGCAGAUCGCCUGUAUCGGUGGCCCGCCCAACAUCUGCCUUGAUCGCCUUGAGAACUGGAUAACAUCCCUGGCAGAGUCACAACUGCAAACCCGGCAGCAGAUCAAGAAGCUUGAGGAACUCCAGCAGAAGGUCUCCUACAAGGGAGACCCCAUCGUCCAGCACCGACCCUUACUGGAGGAGCGUAUUGUGGAGUUAUUCAGAAACCUCAUGAAAAGUGCGUUUGUGGUGGAGAGGCAGCCCUGUAUGCCAAUGCACCCCGAUCGUCCACUGGUUAUCAAAACGGGCGUACAGUUCACAACGAAAGUGCGGUUAUUAGUGAAGUUCCCUGAGCUGAACUACCAGCUGAAAAUCAAAGUCUGCAUUGACAAAGAUUCUGGUGAAGUAGCUGCACUCCGUGGGUCCCGGAAAUUUAAUAUCCUGGGCACAAACACCAAAGUGAUGAACAUGGAGGAGUCCAACAACGGAAGCCUGUCUGCAGAAUUUAAGCACCUGACGUUGCGGGAGCAGAGAUGUGGUAAUGGAGGAAGAGCCAACUGCGAUGCUUCACUAAUUGUCACGGAAGAGCUCCAUCUCAUCACAUUUGAGACAGAAGUUUAUCAUCAGGGCCUGAAGAUUGACUUAGAGACUCACUCGCUUCCGGUGGUGGUGAUCUCCAACAUUUGCCAGAUGCCGAAUGCCUGGGCAUCGAUCUUGUGGUACAACAUGCUGACAAACAACCCCAAGAACGUAAACUUCUUCACCAAGCCACCCAUCGGGACUUGGGACCAGGUAGCCGAGGUGCUUAGCUGGCAGUUCUCCUCCACCACCAAACGGGGGCUCAGCAUAGAGCAGCUGACAACACUUGCCGAGAAACUGCUUGGGCCAGGUGUCAAUUACUCCGGAUGCCAGAUAACAUGGGCAAAAUUCUGCAAGGAGAACAUGGCAGGCAAAGGCUUCUCUUUCUGGGUCUGGCUAGAUAACAUCAUUGACUUGGUGAAGAAGUACAUCUUGGCCCUCUGGAAUGAAGGGUACAUCAUGGGAUUCAUCAGCAAAGAGCGUGAGAGGGCCAUUUUGAGCACAAAGUCACCGGGCACCUUCCUGUUGCGUUUCAGCGAAAGCAGCAAGGAAGGUGGAAUCACCUUCACAUGGGUGGAAAAAGACAUCAGUGGGAAGACACAAAUCCAGUCAGUGGAGCCGUACACCAAGCAGCAGCUGAACAGCAUGUCCUUUGCUGAGAUCAUCAUGGGCUACAAGAUCAUGGAUGCCACCAAUAUCCUGGUCUCCCCACUUGUUUACUUGUAUCCUGAUAUCCCCAAGGAAGAGGCCUUCGGAAAGUACUGCCGCCCUGAGAGCCAGGAGCACCCUGAAGCUACCGACCCAGGUAGCACUGCUCCCUAUCUAAAGACCAAAUUCAUCUGUGUGACUCCAACAACUUGCAGUAGCACCAUUGAGCUGCCCAUGUCUCCUCGCACACUUGAAUCCCUGAUCCAUUUUGGCAAUAAUGGUGAAGCAGCAGAGGGAAAUCCUAGUGGUCAAUUUGAAUCCUUGCAGUUUGACAUGGAGCUGACUCCUGAAUGUGCCUCCUCACCCAUGUGACCAGCCCCGCCUAGUCAGCUGACCGUUUCUGGCUUCCUGGUUUGAAACUGCUCCUCCACCCGUGCAGUCACAGAGCCCAAUCGCACAGGCACCAGCUUGGCAAGAGCCACGUGAUUGGGGGUUCUCCUCUGGCCCGCUCGAGUGUGCUGUUGCUGGCAGCUCCUCGCCUGACUAGAGGGGAAAGUCCUGUUUUUAGUUUUUGAAAAAUUAUUUUUCCUUAUGUAUAAAGCUAUUUGUUUAAGGAGUCUCUGUGUGUACGUGUUUUUGGUAGACCAAGUGCCUCUUUGCAUCCGUUCUUCAGCUGCUUUUUUUGGCCUCCUGUACAAAUCUGCUGCAUGCCACAAAAUACUGUCUCUCUGGCUCAUGCUAGCAUCCAGGCUUAUGCAGUAACAAAGAGACUGAGUCGUCUUAAUGCGCAAGUAGGGUUGUUUUUCCCCAAAUAAGUUGUGCAUCAACCCAGGGAGAGCAGAUAGGGCAACAUUUUUCAAUUGGCAUUUUUUCAUUCCCUAGUAAAAAUCCCUUUUAUGUUUGCUCUGCCUUCUGCUUUGCUAAGUGGUACAAAAAUUAACAUAAAAAAUAGUACAACAGUCCUGUGAGGUAGGCAGCUCUCAUGCUAUGUUCAGGUCACCUGAUCACUUUGUAUUUUGAUGCUGGUGCCAGGAACUCUACUCCCUGAGUGUUCUGGUCUUAAUGAUGGGGGAGAGAGACCAAGAGAAUGGUGUGCUAUCAGUGCGGUGCAGUAUAACCAUGUUGGAGGUGGGAUUUGAAUCUAGGACAUCCAGAUCAAAUUCACGUUCUCCACAGAUCUCUCGUUGUGUAGUUGGGGGCAGUUUACUAGGCUUCAUUGCAUGAACCGGGCCAUUGUUUUUCCUUGCAAGAUGCAUAUGUUCUCAUGUCAUCUGUAGUAAAAGACACGCCCUACACAAUUCUGAGUCUCAUCAGCAUUCUUGGUGCCAUCUGUGUGCCUCUUGCUGUGGCUUUGUGGCUUACGCUUGGCAGUACCUGAUGCCCUCUGCUUGGUUGGGAUGGUGGCACUCCAGUGCAGGUCAAGAAAAUUCCAGUGAUGCUGAGUGGGUAGGCAAGUAGCUGAGACUUGCAACUACCAAGUCCCUGUGGGAGCAAGAGAAAACCAUAGGGACAAGUUCUCCAGUAUUAGUUAGCCGAGGUGGCUGGACAGGAGGUGAAGGAGGUCAUAGCCAAAGCUUUUAGGUUAACCUGUUCCCUACUGUAAUGUUUGCGUUAGGGGCAGAAUUGCCUCCUUUUUUUAAAAUACCAAACUAGAAGCAUUUGGACCAGAGCAAAGCUGCCCUGGUUUAUUCUAACCAAAUAGCUUAUUUGUGCCACUUUGCGCCUUAUAUUGAGCAUACCCUCGUCCCUUUUCUCCUCUCUGUAUGCUGUCUAGAUCAUAAAGGUUUUAACUUUUUUUGUAUAUUUUAUUGCUGUAUCUACAAGCUUCAACUUUCUCUAAAAUAAAUGUUCCAAUGCCA